AUGGCUCGCAAGCUGCGCGCGGCUGCUCAGGCAGCGGCUGAGUCAAUGCGAACCGAACCGCCCAUGCUACCAGACGUCUCGGACGAGGAAAUGGCCGAUGCGCCUCCAGCGAGAGAGUCUAGCGCCGAUACAGAUGCCAAUCCGCCUGAUGACCCGGACGAUGACCCAGACGACGAUCCAGAGGUCGAGCCCGAGCCUGAGCCUGAGCCUGAAGCCGAACCCGAACCCGAGCUCGAGCCCAAUGCAAACCCAGAGACCGGGGCAGAAGAGGCUGUUCCCAGUCCCGCGCCAGACAGAGAGCCUCCGUCAGAAUCAGGUACACCUCUCGGCCGCAUGUCUGCCAUUCCUCGCAAGCGCCGUGUCGGCCGACCGCCCAAGAACCGCCCUCCUGAAUGGGAUCUGCCCGACGAUGGUUCAGAGCAAAAGAUUGUUGUCACCACUCCUGUCAAGAGGAGGCGAGGCCGCCCAUCCGCAAGUGGAGGACGAUGGGGUCGCCGAGGUGGGAAUCCUCACACCACUCAGGUUGCUGUCGACAAGGAAGGGACGAUGAUGGAUGUCGUCAACGACGAGGUUGUUCUUCCAGACGACGAGGACGGAGAAAAGAAGGUAGACAAAAUGGGCAACCUCCUUGGUGGUAGGGAAUACCGAGUUCGCACCUUUACCAUUCUCAAUCGAGGCGAUCGCCAGUACAUGUUGUCCACAGAGCCUGCCCGUUGCAUUGGAUUUCGAGACUCGUAUCUGUUCUUCCAGAAGCACAAGCUGCUCUACAAAAUCAUCAUUGACGAUGACGCCAAACGCGACCUGAUCGAGAGAGACAUCAUCCCUCAUUCCUAUAAAGGAAGGGCCAUUGGUGUGGUGACUGCGAGGUCCGUCUUUCGCGAAUUCGGCUCCAAGAUCGUCAUUGGAGGACGCAAGGUGAGUGACGAUUACAACGAAAAGGCCGCCUUGGAGCGGGGAGAUGUCGAGGGUGAGCUUGCCGUUCCAGAAGACAAGCUGCCAGCCCCGGGCGAGCCCUAUAACCGAAACCAAUAUGUGGCAUGGCAUGGUGCCAGUGCGGUUUAUCACACGGGGGCGCCAUCAAUUCCCUUGCCCAACGGAAAAAUUGUCGAUACGAAAAAACGAAAAGUGCCCGUUACCGGAGACAAUUGGAUGGUUGAACAUGCACGGGAUGCCAGUCGUUAUAAUGCAUCCAUUUCCAGUCUGCGGCGAGAGAACCUCAAUGGUGUUUACGAGGUUCAUACGAAUUUCAUGCAGUACCCCAAGAUCAUGCAACCAUCGCAUGUUCGCUGGGAACAAGUUCCGUCCGAAGAGUCUUCCACGUCUACCAAGCUCGCCGAGGGCCUAUCGACUCUAAACCUUGCAAAUGGGACUCCAGCCAGCGAGAACGGCAAUGAUAAAGAAAACGGAAACGAGGAGGAUGAGGCUAUGUCAACUGCCGACACGACGCCAUCGAUUCUUCCUCCGGUUCCUGCGGUUUUCACGCGUCGGUUUGCCAUUAUGGAUGUACACUACGAGACACCUGAAUCGAGCACUCUGGGACGGCCGGGCCCAGACGGCGACAUCCACGACCUCGGGUCAAACGGGAUUACCAGCAUGGUUGACCAUCUGCAUCCCGAGUUUGCGAGCGCAGAGGUGCUUGCCGAGCUGCCGCCAGAGUGCAAGGAAGCCUUGGUCGAGACGGCAGCUCGAGAAUGGGCCUGGAAAUCAAAAUGGCGCACUGAAACAACGGACGGGUCGCGGGCUCAAAUUCUCCAGAGCUACUCCUGGCAUCCUUAG